AUGAUCAUCCCAAUUCGCUGUUUCUCGUGUGGCAAGGUGAUCGCUGACAUAUGGGAGAAAUACAUGAAGUUGCUGGAAGGUGGCAUGGCUGAUGGAGAAGCGAUGGACCAAGUUGGCGCAAAGCGAUACUGCUGUCGGCGCAUGCUUAUGACCCAUGUUGAUUUGAUCGAGAAGCUAUUGCAGUACGACCCUGCGGAGAGAAGACUCAAGGCUCAGUAA